AUGCCUCCCAGGGGGCAACAGCACUCUCCUGAGCUUUGGGCCCAAAUUCUGGCACUUUGGGAUCUUGGUCUUACAAUCUACAAGAUAGCUACUCAACUCAACGUUCCUCCCUGCACUGUCAGCCGUCUGGUUGCCCAUGCAAACUCAGGUUUGCAGAUGCAAAAUUUGCGGCGCUUUCACUCUCUUGUAACUGUCUGGCCUCUGCAUCCCAGCUCCAUUGGGACUAUUUCUCUCAUGUAUCAAACUCUACGGUCUGCCAACGUCUGCGCUUGUCUGGACUGGGCCAGAAACCAUGCAACUUGGUUGGCUCAGGACUGGCGCCAGGUCAUUUUUUCAGAGGAAUCAAAAUUUAACGUCUUCAAUGGUGAUGGCCCUCUACGCUGUUGGAGACGUCCAGGACUCUCUCUGGAUCCUUGUUAUACCUGCAAACAGGUCAAACAUGGUGGUGGAAACGUGAUGGUCUGGGGGUGUGUUACUGCAAAUGGGGUGGGCCAUCUGUACUGCAUUGAUGGCCACCUGACAGCUGUUCAUUACACCAAGAUCUUGAAGGAGGAGCUUUGUGGGACCAUGGCUGACCUCUCUAUCCCUGUUUGUUGCACUGUCUUUCAACAUGACAAUGACCCAAAGCAUACAGCCAAGGUUACUCAAGAGUGGCUCAAUACUCAACAGCUCUCAGUACUCCCCUGGCCAGCAAAUAGCCCAUAUAUGAAUAUCAUUGAGAAUGUCUGGGACUACCUUGACCGUUGUGUGCGCAUGAGGCAUCAAUUACCAACGCGUGCCAAUGAUCUCUGGGCCAUUCUCCAGGAGGAGUGGGAGUGUAUUCCACAGGCAUAUAUUGACAAACUCUAUGAUUCUAUGACAGAAAGAGUGCAGGAGGUCAUUGAUAGGAAGGGUGGUAAUACUUGUUAUUAG